AAAAAAAAAAAAAAAAACACAUAAUAAAACUUAAAAACUCAGUAAAUAAAUACUGAAAGGUCUCUAAAUAUUUAAAGCAGGAAAAUAAAGAAAUGUUGACAAAUUGAGGUCAGUCAGUGUGUCGCUGGAUUGUUUGAGGUGGUGGCGCGGAGCUGUGUUAAGUCCCUGCUUGAUGAGUGUUGGUGACUUGGUGUGUUUCUGUGUGGCCACGCCUAUCCAGUGGCCGCCUAGGGUUUCACAUGACUUAAACUUUCUUUAGUGGAUGGUGAAGAAGGCGUGGAUUCUGCCAGCGGACGCCCGGAGGCAGCUGUGGGUGAAAACAAGCAAGAUAAAGAAAGGUUUGGGCCGUGAACUGCUGCUUAGACAGGCCAUCUUGACAAGGAAGGCCGGCAGGCAGAUCACCAGCAGGCCUGCCGCCCCUGCUCCACCACCAUCACCACCACAGGGGACUAUAAGGCAGGGACGCAAGGGCGCCCCGCCGCGCCACCAGGCAUCGUGCGUCCGCCACCCGCGGGCCGCGAGUAUUUCUGGACAGACACGCGGCCGCUCUGUUAGUCCCUGGCAGCCGCAGCAGGGUUGGUGCCGCGUCCGUGGGCGGGUCUGGCUCACUCACAGGGCUUCAGCUCUCUGCCUUCCAGCGCCCGCAGGCACACACACACGUCAGUGGAGACUUACAGCGAGGCGCCGGCCAGCUCUCGUGCACACCAGGCUUGGCGGGGACGUGGCGCAGCCCCGGAGUGCGUACAGCGCGUGAUGUGAGUGUCAGUGAUGUGACCCGAGGGUGGCCCACCAGGGAGUGCCUGUACCAUGGGUCAGUGCCAGUACUGCCGCCGCGCCUCGCUCUCCACUGUGGAGUCCUCAUCGCCGGAGAAAGGACGCGGCUUCUCCUUCAGCGGCGGCCUGCAUCCGCCAGAGUCACGCCACUCAGGCUCAGACUCCGCCCUGGACUCCGGCCACAGCUUCUGUGACGAGGGCAGCUGUGGCGACGGCCAGGCCCGCAGCAGCCACAGCAGCGAGUCCUCGGGCAAGUACAGUCUGCGGGAGUCCCUGGGCAGCAGCGGCGAGUGUGAGCGGUCGCCCCUUACCACCGCCGCUGAGGCCUCCUCCAGGGGCGCGCCCCACGCCUUCCCCGGCCACACCAGCGGCGCGGGAGGCACGCUGAGGGAGGCGGAGGAGAGCAGCGUGGCGGAGGAGGACGCGCUGCGCCCCUUGCAGUACGUGUCCCGCCUGAGGAAGGUGUCGCGGGGCUCCACCAGCAGUGAGCGGGGCUCCAUCUGCUCCGUGUCCUCGGUGACGGCCGUGCUGCGGGAGCGCCUGGGCAGGUCCUCGUCCCUCAAGGUGCGGCGCCACAGGGCGGAGUCCGAGACGCUGCAGCCCGACGCGCUAGUGCUAGCCACCGUCAGGCGGCCGCGGCGGGCUGUGUCCCUGAGGCUGCCCCGCAGUCAUCGCCGCACCCACGAGCCGGACACCAACCUGCCCACCAUCUACGUGGAAGACUCGCCCAGGCCGCGCGGGCACGCUGAGCGGGCCAUGGCGCGGAAGCCCUCACUGAAGCGCGCCUUGUCCCUCCUCAGCAUGAACUCCCUGCGGCAGGAGGCGUCGAACCAGAGGCAGCAGAAGCCCGUGCAGCGUAUCCUGCGUCCGCCGCGGCGCCGCCACAACACGGUGCGCGGCCUGAGCGGCAUGGCCAUCGACACGGCCAACCAGUCCUCGCUGCAGCGCUCCAACACGCUCUACUACCCCACCGCCGCCACGCUGCGCCACGCCUACGCCUCCAGGAGGACCUACAGCGACAACCAGAGCUAGCAUUGCCCCAGGCCUGCCCUCGGGGGCGCCGCCGCCGAAGAACUGAUCCUGCACGUCGUGAGCGAGGUGCCGCCCCCAAGCCUCGCUGGUUCCUCGCUGCAGGAGGUGGAGGAGCGCCCACCAUCGCCACGCGGGCACGCCGCGCCCUAGUGCCGCCAGUGGGGACACACACACACACACACACACACACACACACACACACACACACACACACACUACUGGGACUCAUCAGUAUUUGUUUGAUGUGUACAUAAUAUCUAUAUUUUACGUGUAGACUCUAGUCGCAAGCCACGCGCGCCCUGCCCCGGGCCCCGCUCAGCGCUGCCUGCCGUGCGCAGCGCCGGGGCUGGCGUGCACACCGUGAAAACACACGACAAGUACAACUCCCUAGUGACGUGCAGGCACGACAGACUGACCACCUGGCUACCUCGCUCUGGGCCGUACACACACACACACACACACACUCGUACCGCCGCAGGACUGUGUGGGUCACUGUCGCCAUCUGUGAUAUAAUUCCCGUGUGUAACAGUCUCGUGCACCGCUCAGUGUCUGGACUCACCACUCACCGCCCACCACUCGCCACUCCCGCAGCCUCCCACUCGCCACCAUGUAAUGUCCGCGCCUUGGCCAUGGUGCACACUGUAACACAGCCGCUGGCCAAGGCAAAUAUUUUUUCACACAUAAAGUAUCUAUAUCU